GUUUGUUUUGUGUUUGUUUGCAGAUGAUGAAGUUUGCCUGGGACAGCUAUAAACUUUACGCUUGGGGAAAGAAUGAACUACGACCUCUGACCAGGAAUGGACACAUUGGGAAUAUGUUUGGCGGUCUCAGAGGCGCUUCAAUCGUGGAUUCUCUGGACACGCUGUACAUCAUGGGGCUGAUGGAGGAGUAUGAAGAAGCGAAGGAAUGGAUCCAAAACGACCUGGACCUGAACUCGAAUGGAGAGGCGUCGCUGUUUGAGGUGAACAUCCGUUACGUUGGCGGUCUUCUCUCUGCGUACUACUUGACGGGAGCUGAGAUAUUUAAGCAGAAAGUGGUUGAACUUGGCGAGAAGUUGUUACCCGCCUUCAACACGCCCACCGGCAUUCCCCGAGGAGUCAUUAACCUGGGCAGUGGCACCAGCUGGAGUUGGGGCUGGGCAUCGGCCGGCAGCAGCAUCCUGGCCGAGUUCGGCACGCUGCACCUGGAGUUCGUCCACCUGUCCCAACUGUCCAGAAACCCCCUGUUCACUGAGAAGGUGAUGAACAUCCGAAAGCUACUGAAUAAAAUCGAGAAGCCUCACGGUCUGUAUCCCAACUUCCUGAGUCCCGUCAGCGGAAACUGGGUACAGCAUCACGUGUCUAUCGGAGGUCUUGGGGACAGUUUCUACGAGUACCUGAUCAAAUCCUAUCUGAUGUCAGACAAGACGGAUCAGGAGGCUCAGAAGAUGUACUACAGCGCCAUGGAGGCCAUUGAGACGAACCUGGUGCAGAAGUCUCCGGCCGGAUUGACGUAUGUAGCCGAGUGGCGGGGGGGCAUCCUGGAUCAUAAGAUGGGACAUCUGGCCUGUUUCUCCGGUGGGAUGAUUGGCAUCGGAGCAGACGACGGUCCGGCGGGACAGAAGCAACACUACCUGGAUCUGGCGGCUGAAAUCACUCACACCUGUCACGAGUCCUACAGCCGCUCAGCCACCAAACUUGGUCCAGAGGCGUUCCGCUUUGAUGCAGGAGCCGAAGCCACAGCCACCCGACUGAGUGACCGCUACUACAUCCUCAGGCCAGAGGUCAUCGAGAGCUACAUGUACAUGUGGCGUUUGACCCAUGACCCCAAGUACAGAGAGUGGGGCUGGGAGGCCGUGGAGGCGUUAGAGAAGCACUGUCGUGUGGACGCAGGUUUCUCAGGAAUCAGAGACGUAUACGCCUCCACAGUCAGUCACGACAACAUGCAGCAGAGCUUCUUCCUGUCCGAGACUCUCAAAUACCUGUACCUGCUGUUCUCGGACGAUGAUCUCCUGCCGCUGGACGACUGGGUGUUUAACACAGAGGCUCAUCCGCUGCCCGUCAUACGCAAGAGAUGCCUUCAGGAGCACAGCAACACACAAGAUGAUGAACAGACCAACCUGGAGUAGUAUUUACCAUCACACACACACACACACACACGGAUUCAACCUCACGGGUCCUGACAUGGAUUCUCAGCUCCUUUCCUGUAAAGGAUGUCUUCAUAUAUAUAUAUAUAUGCUGUGAUUGUAUAUCUCUGAGCCGAGACUUCCCGCUCUCCUCGACGGGUGGAAGCAGGCACAAUUUUCCGUGGACAAUCAGUGAAACGUGACUUUCAUGAGAAGAGCACCUUUUUUCUUUGCUUCUUUCCUCUGUGAGGAAAACCCGAAUAACUUGCAGCCCUGAAUCUGUGGGAGGAGUGUCGUAGGAUGGCGGGCCGUGCCGAGCGAAAGAGAAAACCACUUUUCUUCACGUCUCACCUGUAAUUUAUCUUUUCUUUCAUCCUUUCAGUGUGUAUACCUUUCCCCUUCUCCUCUGCCAAAGCGUUUGCGGUCUUCAUUUCGUUUUCUCUCCCCGCCCGUGAUAUUUUGUUCCAUCUCCUUUCGAGUCCAAUUUUGUGCUAUGAUUUUUUCUUUAUUAUUUCAAAGCAGAGCGAGGACUGAGGUUUUUACAAACCUGACCGAAGGAUCCGUCGUGAAAUGUGUUGUACAGAAUCCUCUCGUUUGAACAGGAAGUGGAAUGAUGUCAUCGGCAGGCCAGGAUUGUUUUACGUGAUUUUAAACUUAAAGUCGUGUAUUAUUUUUUAUGCUUCAACUGCAUUGUGUUGUGCACGAUAUGCCAUGUUAUAAAGACCAGUAUCACGAGAGUGGAAAAACACACACUUGCACUGGCACUGGAUGGCCACUAGGGCUGGGCGAUUACAUAUUAAACAUUUGUUCGAUUUUUGCAUUGAUUUCGUUGGAGAUUGUGAAUCACAAAAUUAUAUAAAUGCAUUUUUUUUUUGUCAGAAUACUUUGAUAAUGAUUAUUCAAUAUCAAAAACAGCGUUUAAGUUUGAUUCAUUUUCAUAACUCACUUCAAACUGUGCGCUUUAAUGAAUCGAUUCAAAACCAUGAAACAAAAAAGCAUUUUUUCAUCAUUUAAAAACUGAACCUUGUAAUUAUUUGAAUGCACUUUUAUUUAAGUCAAACCAGAAAAGAUUGCAUCACCAGAGUAGUUUCAUGAUUUUUCUUUAGUAUCAAAAACUGAUUCAAUACCAUGGAUCAAUUCAAAAAGAUUCAAAUGUCCUAAAACAAAGAUGCAUUUGCAUUAUUAAUCGAAAAUGCCAGUGAUUGUGAAUCAGUGCUUUUUGUAAUUUGUUCAUUAAGUUUCAUAAUGAUUGCAUCAUCAGAGUAGUUUCAUGAUGAAACAGCAUUUAAGUUUGCAUUUCAGUUUGAUUCAUUUCUGACUGUCCACAUCAAUGAAUCAAUUUCUAAAACAAAGAUGCAUUUGCAUUAUUACUCAAAAAUGCUUGAGAUUGUGAACCCCACAAUUCUAUUAAUUUGUCCAUUAAGAUUUCUAUCAUGAUUCUUCUUCAGUAUCAAAAACAACAUGCAAGUUUGAUUCCUUUCCAUGAAUCACUUCAAACUCUAAAGCAAAGAUUUGCAUAAUCACUCAAAAAAAUGCAGGAUAUUGUGAAUCACAUAUAUAUUGUAUUGCGCUUUUUUACAAUUACAUUGCAUUAUGCUUCCAAAAGACUUCUUUUACAGCAUUUAAGUUUAAGUCGCUUCCGUGAAUCAGUUC